AGUGCAUUUGUUGCGCGCACGGACUUUGGCAGCCAUUCAAUGACCCACCAGACCACGCUCAUCUCCUCCGCCCCCGCUGCCUUUUCCCCUGCUUCCCACUCCCUCCACGCCUCCCCGCCCCUCCUUUUCACCCGCUCCUAUUCGUCUUCCCCCUCCUGCUCCCCCUCCUCUGCUGCCCCCGCCGCACCCGCCAUGGCGUCGUUCGUCGCGCACCACCACGGCUCGCUGGGGGAGAGGGAGGGGAGGAUGGCCGCGCUGAGGAGUAGCCUCAGGCCGUGCGAGGCGGCGGAGGAGUUGGACGCCGCGCCGGCGGCCUGGGGGGCGGCGGAGAGGGGUGCCGGCCUUUUUGGGGAAGGGUUCUCCGUCGAGGACCUGCUGGACCUCGGGGACCUCUGCGAGGUGGACAGGGACUGCGCCGAGCUGGGGGAGGCGACGCCGGCGCCGGCGGCCGUGGAGGACGACAAGCUGUCCAGUGACUCCCACGGGUCGUCGGUGGUGUCGUACGAGCUCAUGCCGCUCCCGCCGCCAGUGAUUGACCUCCCGCUGCCGGCGCAUGACGCGGAGGAGCUGGAGUGGGUGUCCCGUAUCAUGGACGACUCGCUCGCCGAGCUCCCGCCGCUGCCGAAGCUACCUGCGGCGCCCGUGGCAGUAGCGCGGCGGCCGCUGGAACGCGCGGUGCCAGCGGCGGCGGCGGCGGCGGCAACGGACCCUAUGCGGAGCCCUACGAUAUGCGCGCUGUCGACCGAGGCGCUUGUGCCCGUGAAGGCGCGGCGCAGCAAGCGCUCGCGCGCCUCCGUGUGGUCGCUGUCCGGCGGCGCGCCGCUGUCGGACUCGACGUCGUCGUCCUCCACGGCCACCACGUCGUCCUGCUCCUCGUCCGGCUCGUUCUCGCCGUUCCUCUUCCUGCCGGCGGACUCGCCGACCGCGUUUUGGGCGGCGCACCUCCUCGGCGAGGCGCCGCGCGGCGCCUCCAAGAAGUCCAAGCACGGCAAGAACGGCGGCAAGCCCAAGAAGCGCGGGCGCAAGCCGAAGCACCACCCGCCCCAGUUAACGGCCGCGGCCGCGCCCGCGGCGGCCGCGGGCGACCGGCGCUGCAGCCACUGCGGCGUGCAGAAGACGCCCCAGUGGCGCGCGGGGCCCGAGGGCGCCAAGACGCUGUGCAACGCGUGCGGGGUGCGGUACAAGUCCGGGCGGCUCCUCCCGGAGUACCGGCCGGCGUGCAGCCCCACGUUCGAGAGCAGCAUCCACUCCAACUCCCACCGCAAGGUGCUGGAGAUGCGGCGCAAGAAGGAGGGCGUCCUCGUCUCGGGCCCGGCGCCUCUCCCGGCCGUCGCGUCGUUCUAAGCCGGCGCUGUACAUUUUUUUCAGCCCCUCUCCGUCCCCGGUCGAAUUAUCAGCCUGUUGUACCGUACCUGGAUUGCCCCCCCCCCCCCCCCCCCCCCCGCCCUCCUCUAUUUUAGUUUCGGUUGUACUACUACUAGCUAGAGCUCAGAGAAGUGUAGGAGCUUUAUUUGGUCGAAUUAGGUGUAGGGAUUAAGAUUUCCAUGGCUUAUUAUUAGCUAGGUUUGCUAGGGUAUGCAUGGCCGCAGUACUCGUGCCAGUAGUUAAGAACUUGGUGAGGGUCUUCACAAGAAAAAGCAUCGUGUUUGGCCUGGCCUAUGGAAUGAGUUUAGUUUGAGGCCGAAGGAGGGAUGCGGAAGUGACAAGAAAGUUAGGCGUGCCUUGGCGCGGAACAAAGAACUGGCCGCCUUGUUGUAAUCGAGGGGGUGCUUGGCGUGCCUUGCCCCUCGUCUUGCCUGCCUGCAUCAUCACUUCACGCUGCUGGUGCCAUGUCGCUCCGUGCACAGCCCAUCCAUGCUUGUAUCGCACUGAGACUAAAAGAAAAGCUCAACUACCUGA